UGUUUUCCAGUUUGAGAGUUUUCCAUGUAUGUUAUUGUGCUUAUUUGAUUGUAGUUAAUUACUUGCGUUAUUUUUCCGUUUUGCUUCUUCCUGCUGUGGGAGUGAGUUUUUCAUUUUCCCUUUUUCUUUUUUCCGUCUAGAAGUUGCUGCCAACUGAUCCCUAGAAAAUUGAUUUUGGUUCUGAGGAUCAGUACUAUUUAUUCAUUGAGAGAGGUUUCUGGUUGAAUAACUUGAAUUCAAUCUGUGAAAGCAUAUAGCAGUUGUGUCCCAAUUUUCCACUUAUUUGGCAUUUUGGCUUUGUCUGGUUAUUGUGUCUACCAUGUAAAUAUCAAGAAGGUUGCUCUGCAUGGAGUUUUGUGGCACUCCAUGAAGGAAAAGGAUGUUGUUUCGCGAGAAAGGUGGUUUAAUAUUGGUAUACUGGAUAUUUGGCUUCUGGUAGUUGACUGGCUUGCAAGUAGACAUAUUGAAGUUAGCAAUAUUUGCUUGAAGUAGGAGUAUUUUGUGUGGUUAUAUAUCAUAAGCAGACAGCAGAUUACUUUACUCCAAAAGUCACCUGCAUAAAUGUGUCUUUUCCCAGUCAAAUGGGAUACGGUAGCAGAAAAUUUUCUUUGAGUAAAAAUAACAGAUAUCUUCCAGCUGCUUGUGCUGUGUUAUCAGAAGACGUGAGUGUUUCUUCUUCUCAGUUUGAAGACUUUUCCGUCACUAAUGCUACUAAUACAACCGAGAAUAAAGAACUAAAGAUUCGUGUUGAGGUGUCUGGAGCCAAAACUCGAGCAAUUUUCAACAACGUGUUUGACAAAAUGGUUGCUGAGGCCCAGCCUAUUCCAGGUUUUAGAAGAGUGAAAGGAGGAAAGACGCCAAACAUACCUCGAGACAUUCUAUUAGAGAUACUGGGACCUUCUAAGGUUUACAAACAAGUUAUUGAGGAAGUUAUCAACUCUACUGUUGCUGCAUAUGUGGAAAAGCAGGAAGCUCUAAAAGUGGGUAAGGACUUGAGAAUAGAGCAAAGCUAUGAGGAUCUUGAAGAUCAAUUUGAACCAGAUGAAAAAUUCUUUUUUGAUGCCAUUAUUCAGCUCAAGGAAUCAAACUGAACUGUUGAACUAUCUCUAACGUACAUUCACUCAAAUUUAGUGCAAUUUUGUGAGGAAUCUCCAAAUUAGGCUGUGCAUUAUUUGUUUGCUUUGGCUGAGGGCUAUCACCGAUUCAACCGGAAUUUAUAGAAUGCUCGAGCUUUUAACUAAGUAUUUUUUUUUAAAAUACCAUUUUGGUUCAUAUAUUCUAAAUUUUGUUUUAUUUUAGUCUUUGUACUUAAAUUUAGUGCAAUUUUGUGAGGAA